AUGACUGUGCCUGACCAUCGACUCAUCAACAUGGCGAAUUCAAAUUCUGACAUGAUUAGCCUUCAGGCGCCUCUUGCCCGCGCGGCCACAAUUCUUAACCGUUCCCUCUUCUCCAAGAAGUUGGAACUCGCUGCUGCGACGGUCAAGGACCCCCGCAACAUCUCCAAGUACCGCAAGCAACUGGAGAAGGGCAAUGAGCUCCUCAAACUCGAUCGCCUGGAUUCUUGCAGGACUGAUCCCAAGUCAUCUGGUUUGAAAUGUCUUCUGCUGCGACCGGGCGUGAAAGCUGAUACACCGACGACAUGGGGUCCCGUGUUCCAGGAGGGUAUCAAGUCUGGAGAGCUGGAUGUGGUGCCUUAUGAGCUGGAGCUCGACUAUGACUACUGGAGCUACCUCGAUGUGAUGACAUCCAUCUUGCCCGAGGAACUUCACGUAGAGAUCCCGGUUGGUUUCAACACGGCUGGACAUAUUGCGCACCUCAACCUCAAGGAACAGUACCUUCCGUACAAGAAGAUCAUUGCAGAGGUCAUCCUCGACAAGAAUCCCAAAAUCACCACUGUUAUCAACAAGGUUGACAAUGUCGGUACCGAGUCGGAGUUUAGAACGUUUUCGUACGAGGUUCUCUGCGGACCCGAGGACCUGAACGUCGAGGUCAAGGAGAACGACUGCAUCUUCCAGUUUGACUAUUCCAAGGUGUACUGGAACAGCAAGCUCGAGCCUGAACACACUAGGCUUAUCAGCAUGUUCAAGCCAGGAGAAGUUGUGGCCGAUGUCAUGGCGGGUAUUGGACCGUUUGUCGUGCCUGCAGGAAGGAAGGGCGUCUUCGUUUUUGCCAACGACAUGAACCCCGAAAGUUACAAGUACCUUGACGCCGCGAUCCAGAAGAACAAGGUCCAGCAGUACGUCCGCCCGUACAACAUGGACGGCCGCAAGUUCAUCCAGGAGGCUGUUCACCAAGUCUACGACGCUUCGACAAAGGGAGAAGGCGCUGUCAUCAAACCCAAGCAGUCUAGGAGCAAACCCCAAAACCCGCCCCCUCAGCCGAAGCACAUCCCGAUCCCACCCACAAUCUCGCACUUCGUCAUGAACCUACCGGCUUCGGCGUACACGUUUGUCAAACACUACAAGGGCAUCUACCGCGGGCACGAGAAGCUCUUCGAACCUCACACGUCUGCUAAACUCCCCAUGGUGCACGUUCACUGCUUCGCCCUCAAGAGCGACGACGAGGUACCUCUGAACGACAUCCUGGAACGCAUCUACGCCGAGAUCGGCUUCAAAUUCAAGCUCGGAGAUGCGGAUAAGCAGGGAGAAAUGACCAUCUACAAUGUGCGGGACGUGGCUCCGAAGAAGCGCAUGUUCUGUGCGAGCUUCCGAAUCCCCCCCGAGGUCGCCUUUGCGGCAGAAAGCUGA